AUGCAAAUAUCGAACUUCUUACGCUCCUCGACUCCUAGCACCACUUUCCGCCUCCCCUUCUACAGCGUGCCUCACGGUAUCACAAGACGAACACUCGCCACUAUGCCGAAAGCAGACUCACCCUCGGGCUUUAAGCCGCUUCAGGAUACUGCCCUCUUCACACCUUUGAAGCUAGGGCCUAUCCAGCUUGAACACAGGGUCGUACUAGCUCCUCUCACGCGUUUGCGAGCGACAAAGGAGAGCGAAGGAGUAACAGUUCCCAACGACGUGAAUGCCGAAUACUACGGCCAGCGUGCGAGCAAAGGUGGUUUGCUGCUGACCGAAGCAACCGACAUCGCGAAGUUUGCUGGUGGCUAUCCCGGUGCCCCCGGCGUCUUCUCAGACUCCCAGAUUGCAGGAUGGAAGAAGGUCACAGAUGCAGUCCAUGCCAAGGGCGGCUACAUUUUCUGCCAGAUAUGGCACACUGGACGUGCCUCGCCACCUUCGUUCCGUGGCGGACAGCAGCCUGUCAGCUCAAGUGAUAUCCCCAUCGACGGUAGCUGGUCCGAUGGCACCGUAUGCGCAGAGCACCCACCGCGUGCCCUAUCUGUUGAUGAGAUCGGACAAAUCGUCAAGGACUUCGGCUCUGCGGCUAAGAAGGCUCGUGAGGCUGGCUUCGACGGCAUUGAGAUCCACGGCGCAAACGGAUAUCUCCUUGAUCAAUUCUUGCACGACAACGUCAACAACAGGACAGAUCAGUACGGUGGCUCAGUCGAGAACAGAGUAAGAUUGCCUCUGGAAGUCAUCGAGGAGUGCUCCAAGGCCAUUGGCGCAGAUCGCGUGGGCAUCCGCCUCAGCCCUUACAACUACUUCCAGUCGACCAAGGACAGCAACCCAAACGAGCAUUGGGAGUACCUUUGUGAAAAGAUCGCAACACUGCCUCAGGAUGUGAGGCCGGUAUACGUGCAUAUGGUCGAGCCCCGUUUCGAUGAAGUUCUAGACGAGCAAGCUAAGAUGGAUGCCCUCUCAGCGUAUACCUCCAGCGGUGGAAAGGGUGUUGAGGCCGAGGCGACAGUGAAGGCCAAGGGCAACACUCUUGUCAACUUCCGCAACAUACUGAAGAAGGGUGACGUCAAGUUCGUCGCAGCCGGUGGCUUCAAUCGCGACAACGCAGUCCCCAAGCUCGAGGCUGACGAUGCGGAUCUGAUCAUCUUCGGCCGCUGGUUCAUCGCAAAUCCAGACCUGCCGAAGAGGCUGGCUGAGGGGCUUGAGUUGAACCCGUAUGACCGCAGUUCCUUCUACGGAGGCAAUGCCAAGGGCUACAUAGAUUACCCCUUCUACGGACAAAAGGUCACCGCUUGA